GAGACCAUAACUUCCUUUCAUAUAUUUGUGUCCCUCCUCACUCUUGACACAUUCGACAACACAACCUCGUACAAUCUAAGCAAUGACAACCUUUGUAAUGAACCGUGCUCGUUCUUCAACAACCUUAAAAUCAGUUUCUUCAGUUCUUCAUGGGAUCAGGUCUUACGCAAAGGUUGCAACUGGGUCUGACAUAAUCUCUGCCGCAUCCAAUGUUUCUCUCCAGAAAGCUCGUAAUUGGGAUGAAGGUGUUUCUUCCAAAUUCUCUACCACUCCUAUCAAUGACAUCUUUAAGGACAAGAAAGUUGUCAUCUUUGGUCUCCCAGGUGCAUACACAGGAGUUUGUUCAAGCAAACAUGUUCCUCCUUACAAGGAUAAUAUUGAGAAGUUUAAGGCUAAAGGAGUUGAUUCUGUUAUUUGCGUGUCGGUUAAUGAUCCAUAUACUGUGAAUGCAUGGGCUGAGAAGCUUCAAGCCAAAGAUGCUAUUGAGUUUUAUGGAGACUUUGAUGGGAGCUUUCACAAAAGCUUGGAAUUAACUACUGAUCUCUCUGGUGCUCUGCUUGGAACCCGGUCUGAAAGAUGGUCAGCAUAUGUGGUAGAUGGAAAGGUUAAGGCUCUUAACGUCGAAGAAGCUCCAUCUGAUGUCAAGGUUUCUGGUGCAGAAACCAUUUUGGGACAAAUUUGAAGUUUCUGUUAGUUUUACUAAUGUAACAAGUCUUCAAUAAUUUUCUUUUGAUCAAUGACAAGAGUUUAAUAAAAUGUACCUGAUGCUUCCAGCUGAGCUGAUUGAAUAUUGUUAUGAUUUUUUCUGUUGGUUCACUUGUUUUUCGGUAUUGUAUUUCAUUCAUUUUUUGGAUCCUACAUUUCAAUCUUGGCAGACCCUGCAAGAUGUAUGUUUGGUGUUUCACUACUUCUCAA